GAGUGCGUGCUGCUGGGCCCCCGCGGGCAGGUGCAGGUCCUCCCCUUCCUGACGAGGCAGCCGCAGCACAAAGAGCAGAGUCUGUUUCUCGUGGUCGCCGUCCCAGCCGCGGCUGCCUCGGUCCCUGGCCCUGGCACCACCUGGGGGGCAAGGACACGAUGAAGUGGAAGGUUCUGGUCAUCGCGGCCGUGCUGAAGGCCCAGUUCCCCGUUACAGAGGCACAGAGCUUUGGCCUGCUGGAUCCCAAACUCUGCUACCUGCUGGAUGGAAUCCUCUUCCUCUACGGUGUCAUUGUCACCGCCCUGUACCUGAGAGCAAAGUUCAGCAGGGGUGAAGACGUCCCCGUGUCCCCGCAGGGCCACACCCAGCUCUACAACGAGCUCAAUAUCGGCAGAAGAGAGGAGUACGACGUGCUGGACAAGAGGCGGGGCCGGGACCCUGAGAUGGGAGGGAAACAGCAGAGGAGGAAGAACCCUCAGGAAGGCCUGUACAACGCACUGCAGAAAGACAAGAUGGCAGAGGCCUACAGUGAGAUCGGCAUGAAAGGCGAGAACCAGCGGCGCAGAGGCAAGGGGCAUGAUGGCCUUUACCAGGGGCUCAGCGCAGCCACCAAGGACACCUACGACGCCCUCCACAUGCAGACCCUGCCUCCUCGCUAACGGCCAGGGACGGCGCCACUGACAGGCCCCACCUGCAGACGGCCAGAUUGUGAAAGACACAGGACAAAGCAUUUACUACCGGCUUCACUUGUCUUCUCAGCCACCAAAGGAUUGCUCUUGAUGAACAGGGUACUUAGGGUUAUAGCACUGUCACAUCCAGUUCCAACCCAGCACACAGAGAGGAUGGCCCCUGUACUCUUUAAGGGACCCUCCCCUCCCACCACGCACCGCCUCCCCACCUUGUCCCCCUGGGUCGGGUCUGGCCUCUCACCUGGGCAACAGCACACUCUCUUGCGGCUCAUUUGUAAAUUCGCGAUUUGUAGUCUCCCGAGAAACCCAAGACGGCAGCACAUCUCCUAAAAGUCUGCACGGUUCUGCCCAGAUGUGAGUGGCUUCGCUCGUGCUGUAAACUUGGCUUCCAUUGUCUGCCUUACCCGCAUUUCAGUACAACUGUAAUGGGGCCGAGCGGUGCCUACCAUGGCGAGUGUGCACCUGCUACAGGUGACCAUGGCAAGGAGGUGCUAAGCGAGCGGGCCUGCACCCCACACCCUGCAAUCUGUGGGUCAGGCACCUUGGGGACUGUUCUUGCCUUUGUGGACCUCAGGUUCUCGGGAAAUGAGUUGUUCACAAAUAGGUUUAAAGACCACAGCAGGUGUCACUGCUGAGGCUGGGUUACGUGCCAGGGAGGGGGGGCAGAAUUGCGUCACCUCUGACUGAACAAGAAACCCAUCGCUGCAAAGACAUCAAAGGAAGACACGCGGGCCCAUGAUGACCCGGUGGGCACUGGUACCACAGCAGAACCUCAACGUCCUGCCGCGACACUGCCUUGUAAAAGGGCACAAGGCCACGGACGGAGAACCCUCUCUGCUCUGCUCGGUUUUAAGUUAUACUGCCUUGCUGAAGUCUUGCUACUUUGCAUAAUAAAUGCCUCAGUGAA